UACGCUUAGAGCUGAGUGAAAGGAGCAAAAGUGUCAACUUUCCAACUUGAUCUGUUACGAUGAUGUUUUUGGUGUGCAUGUGUCGGAUAUGUGACUUUGAUGAAGGCUUAUAAUUUUGUACAGAAAUACUACGUGCAUUCCAUGAUGUUUUAUUGCAGUCAUUGAUCUACCAGGAUUCUGAAUUUGGCUGUGGAGCAGAGAGUUUUUGCCAUUAUUUGACUCUUCACAACUUGAACCAUGCUGAUUUAUAAAGGAAUUGAUUAUUUGGACAAUGCUCUUAGUCAACGGCAGAAGUUACUUCAGAAAUAUCUUGUUUCUGUACCCCAUCACCUGGAGCAUGUGGAUAUGUAUAGCCAUACAGGCAAGCUACGGGACAGCAACUUCAGGGAGCCAUGGAAAAGAGCAACAGUAGACAGAAAGCUGCUACAGACUGAAGGAACACGACUUAAUGCUGAAUUGACUUGUUUAUCUGAAUUAGUAUCUAAUCAAAUUAAGGAAAUUGAGUCUCUUGGAAGAGACAUACUUGACAGUGUUGAACAUGGAGUAUUUGACCUUGGGGAGUUUAUUCCUAGCUCCAAUCCUUCAUCACAAGAGGACUUUCAAGAAGCAUUGCAACUUGAUGUAAUUGAUUCACUCAAGACAAAAGAAAUAUUUUUGAAAGAGGAUAUUCAGCAUUGGCUAUCUGCCAGCCCUAGUGAUUCAUUCAAACUGGAGGAAGUGUUUAUGUCAGAUUCUCUUCCAGACUUGAGUAGAAAUUUACCAAGUCUGAAUGCAAUGCGUGGCCGUCUGCAUCCUAAUCAAGCCUCAGAUCCACUGAAUAGCAAAGGCUCGGGAUUGCUGGCACUAAAGGACAGGAUUGCACAUGAAGAAGUCUUGAGUCAAGAAGAUCAUUGUGACAUAGCAAGAUGUGAAGCUUCCUCACUGGACUUUGAUUGGCAGAAAUUUGAAUUGACUGAAGCAGAUGGUGAGCUGGAAGAAUGCUUGUUUCCUUUUGAAAAAGAAAAUGGCAGAAAGGAAGCAAUUUACAACAGUACGAAGAUUGCCAUAGAAUUAGGCACCUCGUGCCCAUUGGAGGUGAAAAGUCCUGCUUCAGAUACAUUUGACAGAUUGGUGAAGAGAGAUAUUGAUAAGAAGUACAAAACCGAAGUGGAAAAAGUAGACACCACACCACCAGUGAAAUUUACACAAUCAUUCUUAGAAAUUAAUGAAAUUGAAUUAGGUGAUGAAGAUAUAGACAUGAAGAAAGCCCUGCUGGAUUCUCCCAUGGUUGGCCCACGUGUACAACAACUGCCAAACUGUGAUCUGAAAAAGUCUCUAGCCCAGCUGCGUUCACAUCCCCUAAUAGAGGACGACAAUAGAUUACUUACACCAGCACAAAAAGAAAAUAUUGUUUGGAAAAUUUGGCAGCAUGAAAGAUAUUUGGAUGAUGUUUUAUCACUGAGACUGCCAGAAUUUGAGGGUAAGCCGACAUUUGACAUUGACAUUGGUCCAAAUAAAGCAAAGGAAAUGCUGAAAUUGAAAGCUGAUGAGGACCUUGGCAAGAUUGAGCUAUGUUUGUGUUGGGAUGCAAUAUCUGUGGCUGCAGCGAAGAUGAAGGGGUGUCAAGUGGAAAGACUGAAAGAGGCAGACUGUCACAACAAGUGCCCCACAACAGCAGACUCUCCAGUUGAACAGUUCAAAAAAUACACUUCUACAGCUUUAUUUGAGGACAAAGAUGCAGUUUUGGAAGAAGUUUCUUCACUUGUGUUGAAUGGAGAUAUUAUUGAAAACAAACAGAAAGAAGAAAAAGCUAAGGCAUGGAAACCACGUCCACUAUUGAGGCCUAAAGAACUGAGCAAGGCUGGAGUGGAUCCUCUGAGUGAUUUUCUACUACUGCGUAGCUACGUCCAGUGUGGUUCCAUGGAGAGGCAGGAUUCCAGUAAAUCUUUUGACAAGACCAAUACUAAGACGCAGAAACCCAGAAGUCAAAAUGUUCCUGUUACAGCAAAGACGAUGAGAACAGACAGUCCCUGUAUGUCACCUUCAGAUCUUGACAUUCAGAAUAUCGGUGCAGUUAUGCCCAAGAAGAAACAGAAAACUUGGGAUCACAGAACUGUCCCUGUGACUAUACAAGGUGAUUUUGCCUCUGUCUUGGAGAUCAUUGAGGACCAGGCAUCCUAUUUCAUGGCUGCCCUAAGAGGAAGUAAGGGCAUGUACCUCCCUAACAACUUCUCAGAUCUCACACCGGACAAUGCAAGGUUUCUUGUAAAACAGAACGAAAAAUGUCUUGAAGAUAACAAAGAAGAUGGUACUAAGUGUGAUACAUACAAGGCCACUGUUGCUUUACACAUUCUGUGUGGGGCGAGAGAUAUCCUCAUCCACUGCUGUUUUGAAUCUGCCCUGUCUCACAUCAAGUCCAUGCAGGAGAAAUACCAAUCAGUCUUAAAAAAUUGCUUGGAUGAUAUGAGGAAAAAGCUUUUUCAACUUAAAUGCAAUUUCAACCAGAGAAGAAUUUUCCAUCCAAAAUUAGUCUCAUUGUAUUGUCAUAUCAAUGAAAGGCUGCAGAAAUCAACCAAAGACCAAGAUGGAACAAAAGAAAAGAUCUUGAUUGUAACUGGCCAGGAGCGUAUGAGUCUGAAGUGUUGCCUGAGAGACUUUGUGCGUGGUGGAUCAGGUGUGAAGGCUGAUCUUCUCACAGACUUGUCGGGAGAAUUGUCGAAAAGGCUUGAGUCAGUGACCUGUUUGAUAUCACACAGAAGUGAGCUUUUCACCGAGUUUCCCUGGUGCUUGUUUACGGUUGUGAUGGAUUAUGACGAUUCUGGCGAUGACACUGUACUACAGGACUUGUGUAAAGCACACAGUCUACCUCUCAUUUCCUUUAGUGUUAAAAACAAAGAUGUCCCUGCAGAUUCCAGCACUGAAAAUCAUAUGGCGCCUCAAAACAAGGAUAUGUGUGCACCACUCACCAUCAUUGGGUCACGUUAUCUCACCUCCAGACCAGAGUUACUGCAGCUGCUGGAAACAAGACAUAAUUUGUUGAUUCUGGAGCGUGACUAUGACCAGAUCAAGAGUAUUGAUGAGAUGUACUUUGCAGACUUGGUGAUAGAUGAAAAAACCUGUGUGGUUGUCCAACCAUUACAAGACAUGGCAGAAGUGUGGCAAUCUGAGCUCUUCCACUCGAAGAUAAUCACACUCAGUCUCAAAUUCACAACCUGCUAUAUAGUGUUCUACAGUAACCAAAAAAGCAAAAAGCACAGUUCCUGUUUGGAGAACAUCAAUCGGUUUCAAGCUGCAGUUGGAAAUCCUGCUAGAAAACAAGAAUUUCUUGUCCAAACAUUCAUUAGUGACAAUGCUGGUGAGGCUGCAAAGUUUGUGAGAAACGUCUGUGAUACCAGUGAAGGAAUGCCUUCAGUCAGGAAGGAUGGGAGUCGGGGAAAGAGAACGUGGUUAACGGAGGAGUGCAGUGAGGAGGAAAAAACAUUGCUGUCUUUCCCUUGUUUUAACUCAUUCAGUGCUCAACUUGUCCUACAGAAACUGUCUCUGAGUGAACUCUUUGCCAGUUCUUACAGUGAACUAGUCAUCUUGUUUUCAUGGAUUCCACCAAAGUUCCUUAAGUCAUUUCUAGAGAUGGUUCAUAGUGAGAGAGGUCUCAAUUGCUUGGGUAAAGAAACCUCUCAUGAUUUCACUGGCAUGUCAGAGCUGGUUGAAGACUCCAUCUCAACAUUAGAAGAUGAAAUAACACAUACCAUCCGUCGGAACCCACCCUUGCAACGACAGAAGCACUUGAAUACUGAUAACACUUUACCACCUGAACCAAUAGCCAUGAACAGACAUAUCAAACCAAGUAUUGAUAUUGAAAGAGAAUAUCUAAAGGAGGGUUUAAGAAAAUCUUCUUAUCAGUACAACCAGUGUAUUGAUUCUGUGCAUCAACAAGUAUUGAAUUCGACUGAAAGUAACUUAAUAGCUCUUCCAAGCAGGAACUUUCCAGGGGAAGUAUUAGGUGGACCACAGGAACCACACAUAGGAAUGGACACCCAGCAAGUCUCCACACAGGACAGCGAAGACAUCUUGUCUCUGAAUGGAUCACAGCCAUCUUUGAAAUUAAAUGAAUUCCAAAGGGCUGAAAUAGAAGGCAGGAACUUGGUUGCAAACACAAAUCCUCAAGAAAAUACAUGGAGCACUCACAAUGAAUUCCAACAAGCUGAAAUAGGAGGAAAAAACUUGGUUGCUUACGGAAAUCCCCAAGGCAACACAUGGAACAAUCGCAAAGAAAUUCAUGGGACCACAAGGCGAUCUUGUGAAGAAUUUCCUAAACAUGGAGUUCAGCAAUUUGAAAGUGAUCAGAAUAUGACACCAAAUGGACAUCUCACUGCAGGCUUGGACCCUAUAUGUGUAGAAGAUGCUUUUGAACAAGCAGUCAGUUUGGAGGUCACCAGACGUUUAAAAGCAAAAGGAAAGAAAUUGAAUACCAAUGGAUUUUUUUCUGUUGAUCCAAGCGGAAAUGUUCUGUAUGACGAAGCAAGGAAAAAGUCAGCAUAUGUUGAGGAUAGAAUAUAUAAUAAUCAAGACAGAAACCAUAUCCAGUCACUAAACCAACAAUGUGCUAGAGAUGGGAUUACUUCUUCAGAUUUCUUAACAAUGAAUUACUAUUCUGAAGUGGAAGAUUCAAGGUUGACAGAAACUGAUCAUUCACUUCAAGGAACUUACUGCCCAGUAUCACAGUUAGAUUAUCAAAUGCAGCAACCAACAUUAGCACAUAGAAAACAGUGUGUAGCAGGAUCAAGUCAAGGAGAAAUCCACUCACAGCUUCAGCACGAUAUUUCUUGUGGGAACCAACCCAUAAUGUACAACAUCAAUGGACAGAAAUUCAAUGAGGAUAGGAAUUUAGGGAAACAGAGUAUUCUUGUAGAAUCUGGAAGAAAUAUGGAAGAAGAUCAGUUUGGUAGAAAAAUUCACUACGAUGAAAGACUUCAGGAAAACAGAGCUGCUCCAGGUCAAGUGAAGAAACCUGCAUAUGGUCAAAGAUCAUUUGCGGGUGAUUUGGCUCUUGUAACCCAGAACAUUCUUCAGAAGGCUACCAGUUCUGAGCUUCCAAGGAAAAGUUCUUCUGUUUGGCCACCUCACCGUAGAGUCAGCAUCGGCUUGGCACCACCUCGACCCCGGGAAGAUAGCACCAAGAAAAAUCAGUCUAAGCUUCACCAACAACCACAAUAUCAACAACUACAACCUAACCCUGACAGAACUGCCAGGAACAGUCAACAGAGGAAUGAUCCCCAGCACUCUCAUGAUGCAGGAUAUGAUGGACAGAUGAGUGGGAGAAGUGGGGAUUAUAGCUCUGAGCAGCAAACAUACGGAACUCCCCAGUGUGAUGGCCAGUCAUCGCUGUGGUCUUCCUAUGAUUCUCCUCCUAUGGAUCUUGACAAAUCUUCUGAUGAUGGAUAUAACCAUACUCAAUCAAUAUACCACCAAUCAAACCUGCAGUCUCACCAAAGACCUUCAAAACAAUUAUUUCCAACACAGAAGAAACUAUCCUAUAAACGUGUUCCGGGAUCCAAAGGAGGUCAGACGAAAUUGGUGUUCAAGGGGAAGUAAACAAUUGUCUGGACAUUCAUGAAUAACGUUAUGUGAAGUUUGUAAAAAUUACAUGUACAUUGUUAGACUUGGAGGUGCUUUAUCAUACAUGACUCUACUUAUCAUAACGUCAUUACUUUGAAUAUGUAUAUCUUCAAUAUCAAAUUUUCACUGUGUGAGGAAUGUUUCAAAAAUUAAUUCUGUAUUAAAAUUUUAUGCAAAAGUAACAAAUAAAGAAAAUUAAGAAAGUUAUGGAAGCUUUGUAUAACUCUUUCACCAAAGAAAUCAUCAUCAUUCAUAACUCUCCUUGACUGUAUUCAGGAAGAGGAACAUUAUGGAAUUUAAAAGAAGUCUCUUUUUACCAGUAGAUCUCAUUAAAAAUACAGAUUUUGUUUGAUACAAGUUAUUUCAUGUCAACCAAUAUUUUAAUGUUUUAUAUUUUCAACAAAAUUUGUACAAAGUUCGCAUUUAAAAUAAAUCAUGGUAUAUAGCUGUGGUCAAAUGGCCUUAUGCCACUGUGCUUUGUCUGUCAGUCAACAUUUUAGAUAUUGUGAAUCGUUCAUCAUCAACAAUAUUAGAUUGAUAUACUAUGUACAAGUCAUGUAAUAUGAAGUUUCAGUAAGGGUUCCUGAAGUAUUUUAUGUCACUAAUCUUAGACUUUCCUGUACAUUCAAGUGCCCAAAUAAUGAU